AAUGGCCGACACCGAACGUACUGUGGAGUCAGAGGACAGAAAUAAUGGCGACGUCGCUGUUCAGGGCGAAAAUGGGCAGGUUGAACAACAAGAGCAGCCACAGCAGCAGCAGCAGCAGCAGCAGAAUGGAUGGCAAAUGGUGAAAGGAUUUAUGUUUCGACUUCUUAUUAUAUAUAUGAUUAGUAGUUUCUUCCGUGGUCGUUCUAAUACACCAGAAACUCCUACUGCAGGUCCUGAUGGAACUCCUAUUACACUUGGCAGGAAUCUCUUUCCUAAAGAAACUAUGAUGGAUUUGCGAAUUUAUAUCUCUGAGAAUGAAUUCUUCACUCAAUUUAAUGAGAGUAAAUAUUUAUUAUGGGAAGAGAAUAAUUUAGAAUAUGGUGAUUGGAUUAGUGGUCCAAAUGGUGAUGGAUCGUAUUCAUAUUCAGGGCAGAUUGAAGCUACAGAGAAUAUGAUGAAUAAUGGUUCUAUAUACCUGCAUGUAUACCUGACUAAAGUUGGUAAAUCACCUGAUCCAAGCGACAAAAAAAGAUAUUCAAAGAAAGCUACUGCAUAUAAAACAAAAAGCACAGGGUACAGAGCCAACCAAGCUCUGACUCUUAACAAUAUGCAGUUGUGGACGCAGCUAGUAAACCAGGCAGUGCUUAGCGAGAGACUUUUGUUUCGCGUUGGGCCUUUGAAUACUUUAUCGGUGCUCUCCUCUCCCACUGCCGGCACCUCGUGUGACCCAGGCUGCGGAGGAGGCUCAGAGGGCGAUGGAGAGGGAGUGUCAACUCGCCCAUUUAAGUUCUGGCCGCCUGAGUGCUCAGCAACAAACCAUGAUCCUCAGCCAGAUGGACCAGCUUUUGGCUGCGCAGACAGUCGCUAUGUGCAACAUCCUGCAGGUCCAUACUGCCCUCUUGGCAGGAGCGGUUUCGGUCAAGCAGGAGGCAGUACUGAGUCAGUGCGCCUAUCCUACUCGA